AUGGACGUACUUCAUAAGCUAUUCAAACAUGUGGACAAUAUGCAAGAAUUCUUAUUGCAGUGUGAGAUCAGCUCCACGUACAAUCCAUCAUCAAAUUCGACACAAACCGGCUUCUUGAUUCAUGGCGACUAUGCAUUCAAUACCUUCAUGGAGACCACUCUAGUCUGUUCAAAUGAGGUUCCCGGAAGUCCGCCUGCCAUCUCCUCGAUACGAUCUACUCAAACUGAGGUCGUUAGACGAGUUAUUGACAAGUGCAAGACUCACAAGAAGUACUGCAAGCGCAUCCUGUGUCUGGGACAACAUAAGAACUUUCCUAAUACCAUGAUCAAGAGUAUCAAGUCGUCUAUUUGGUUGAAGCUACUAUCUAUUAUUGGAGACGAGAUGAUGGUUCAUUUACUCUUUCAUUACUCUAUCUUUACACUGCUGCCAAAUUCAUGCUACUUGCAAGUGUCUGGGGUUUCCAUAUCUGAUAGUGAACCGUUAGAACUGGCAGAUAGUCGACUCUUCGCUCCCUUUCCGCCAAAUAUGGAAUUCACAACAACACCCAACAAGAAACGUAAACGAGAUGCUCAAUUACCUAAAGCACAAGACUCCACGGACAUUGACCAGGACGAGACGCUGCCAGCAAAGAAGAAGCGAAUUCGUCGCUUCAAACGCAAAGUCAAACCUUUACCUGACUCAACCAAAACGGACUUGGACGACCCAGACGUCGAUGGCAGAAUGGACCUGGACGAUCCGGAAGCCAAAACUAUAAUACCACCGCCAGUAGCAUCGCACCUAGUGGUGCCAGUUGCCCCAGCACCAGCACUUGAGAAAAAUCGAUCGAAUGAAAGUAGAGCUGAAAGCAAGGACGAAGGAAAAGAUGGAGAUUUGGGGUUCAAACGUCGUGUCUUAUAUUCUCGACCUUUCCAUGGAGUAAAAAACGAGGUGUUGGUUGGGCUACCCAAGAUUCAUGUUUUGAGUCUCUACAGACUUCAAAUAUUACGAAAAGACCAACCAAGAACUCCAACUCAAAAGCCAUGGCCUACAAUCACAGCGCAGACGAUUCUUGCAUACAUCUUCCCACGUCAGUAUGGUCUGGAGCACAUAUUCAAGAAGGAUUCUCAGAAAUCUUUUGGAAGGCCAAUUCCUCCUGAUUAUACUGUUCGAUAUAAUGCUGAUCAUUUUCAUGAUAAACCAGUGCCAAAGCGCCUAAGGAAGGCCUUUGAGUUGGUCCAACAAAUGAUUCGACUGCAUAGUACAUGCAAUUUUAAGGCUCUAUACAACAAGCAUUGUCCCGCACCUACUGACUUGCCGGGAUCAACUCCGUUGCCGGGACGAGAUUACAUGAGAUGGACUAGUCCAUUCUUCAAUGUCUCUGGAUUCGUCAAGGCUGUAGUUCGGCGUGUUAUACCGAAGAAAUUCCUCUCGACUACCCAUAACACUAUGGUCGUUUUCAAAGCUAUUGAUCGCUUUGUGCGGCUACGGAAAUCAGAAGACAUGACUCUACAACACGCGAUAGAUGAAUUCAAGAUGUCGGAUUGUGAAUGGCUCGUACCUCUUGGAUUUCAACAAGGACAGCACAUCCCUCUGUCGGAUACUUUGAAAAGGAGACAGCUACUAGAAGACUUUACGUUCUGGCUCUUUGAUGGAUUUAUCAUUCCCUUGAUCAAGACUAGCUUUUAUGUGACUGACACGACGGUAUAUCGUAAUCGUAUUGUGUACUUCCGAAGUGAUAUCUGGAAGCUCUGCUGUUUCCACAUAUUUGAGUCACUUGGUACUUCUACUUACAAGAAGAUCUCUGAGAAACAAGCAAAACGUACAGAGAACGAAUCUCAGUUCCGUGUUUCUCGUGUGAGACUUGUGCCUAAAAAGAAUGGGCUACGGCCCAUUUUGAAUCUUAGGCGCAGAUUCAGUGUUAUGUCAAAGGAGGAACGCGAAGAUGAGGAUGAGUUAAAGAAGAAGGAAGAUCAGAAACAUGGGCCUCCCAAACCUACACUCAAAGAUCCAAGUACGGACAAGGAAAACCCUAAAGAAAAGUACACGGUGAUUACAACUACCAACAAGAUCUUGAAGGAUGCUAUGCAUAUAUUGAAUUACGAGAAGGGUAACAACCCUCAACUGAUGGGCGGUGCAGUGGCAAGCCUUACUGACAUAUACUUGAAACUCAAGACAUUCGCAAAUGCUCUUCAAGCACAAUCGUCAAAUGGUGAUUUGCCAAAGUUGUAUUUUGUCAAGGUGGAUAUUACAGCAGCGUUUGAUUCUAUCAAGCAUGAUAAGCUAUUGGAAGUGUUGAAUGAUGUGUUUACAGAUGAGGACUACUUUAUUGUGAAGUACUUCUUGGCUUCAGCCGUAGAUGGAAAAUACUCAAGAAAGUGGCCCAAGAAGGCGUUUCCUGGAAGCGCAAACGUUCAUUUUGCUGCUCUUGCAAAUGAUAUGGCCAAAGAUAUGAAGAAGACCCUUGUCGCUGAUACUGUUGUUUAUGAUCGGUAUGAAAAGGAUGACAUUUGGCAGAUGCUUGAAGAGCACAUCACAACAAAUCUCGUCAAGGUUGGAAGACAAACAUAUCGUCAACGACAAGGAAUCCCACAAGGAUCAGUAGUGUCUGCAUUGCUUUGCAGCCUGUACUAUGGCCAUUUGGAGCAAGCCGAACUAUCAUUCACGAAUCAAGGCAACGAUGGUCUAUUGCUUCAUUACGUGGAUGAUUUCAUUUAUAUGACAUCCAAUCGUGAGAAAGCUGAACGAUUUCUGCAGGUCAUGACUCGAGGGUUGCCCGAGUAUAGUGCUGCAGUGUCUCCUCACAAAACCAUGACGAAUUUCCCUGUCGAGGUGAAUGGAUUUGAGAUGCGAGAGAUUGAUGGUGAUGAUUUCCCGUGGUGUGGCCAUUUGAUCAAUACCCGUACUUUGGGUGUUACUGCCGAUUACUCAAAGAUGGUUCGAGAACAAUUUCGAGAAUCCUUGGGAGUAGACUACUUGAGGCACCAAGGCCAAGCACUCCGACGUAAAGUUUCUGCAUACAUGAAACCCAAAUGUCAUGCCCUCUACUUUGAUACAUCACUUGCCAAGUCACCUCAUGUAGUGGCUGGAUUGGACGCUGGGAGAUUCACCGUGCUGCUCAAUAUCUAUCAGAGUAUGCGCAUGUGUGCCAUGAGAUUUCGUAUGUAUAUCAAGCAACUGGAAAAUUCGAGCAUGAAGAGUGUGAAAGUGGGACAAGUUGUUUUGAGUGCUAUGCAAGAGAAGGUUGAGAAAGUGAAGGUCGCUAAGCGGGAGGAAUUUCUUUCAAGUACGAUCCAUGGCUGUAUACGUCUCAUGAACAGAUUCGUGAAGGGUCGAACCAAGACAACCGUAGCCCAAAAGAUCAAUUGUGAAUGUCGUGUUGAUGCCAAGGAAGUGUAUUGGUUGGGACUGCAGGCAUUCUACAUUACUUUGAAAUCCAAACAGACUGAACAUUCACGUAUAGUACAAGAUUUGCAUUCACGAGUCAAUGCUAAAAAGUACUUGUUGGUGCGGAAGGCCGUGCAAGUUGUCAUUACACAUUCUUGUAAUGACAUCUUUGGACAGAUGCAGUAUUAA